GUUGUGACUAGUGAUAACGAAGUUCGGCCCCUGCUUUCUUUCCUCCUCCAUCAUAUUAUUGUUGAUGACUUUGUCUUGAUUUGCUAUGCUUUGAUUGACAUGGAUAUUCAGCAAAUAAUAUUAGAAGCAGAGCAUCGAUGGCUACGUCCGGUUGAAAUUUGUGAAAUUUUCAGCAAUCGUAACAAGUUUCUACUUGCUCCAGAACCUGCAUAUAUGCCACCAAGUGGUUCACUUUUCCUGUUUGAUCGGAUGGUGGUGAGAUUCUUCAGAAAGGAUGGCCAUAACUGGAGGAAGAAAAAAGAUGCAAGAACAGUCAGAGAAGUUCACGAGACACUAAAGGUUGGAAAUGUCGAUGUGUUGAGCUGCUACUGUGCCCAUGGAGAAGAAAAUGAUAAUUUUCAAAGACGCACGUAUUGGAUGCUUAAAGAAGAACUCUCUCAUAUUGUUCUCCUCCAUUAUCUGCAAGUGAAGGUCGAAAAGCAGCUGAUGGCUGGUUCCAGCAACAAUCCAACUUCUGGAUAUUUCAGAAGUGAGAUAUCGCAGAAUGGGAUAGAUUUCUACAAUAGGAAUGAUGAAAGAUUGUAUGAAGGAUUAGAUAAUGAAAGCCUGAAUUGGGAGGAGGUACUUAGCUAUUAUGAGCAAUUCCAUGAUCAUAGGAAUGAUGAAAGAUUGCAUGAAGGAUCAUAUAAUGAGAUGCAGAAUUGGGAGAAUGAUAGCUCAUAUAAGCAAUUUCGAGGAAAACAGAAGAUAAGUGAUUCUGAAUGUUCAUGGUCCUUGUUAACUCUAAGUUCUGAUGGAGACACAGAUAUAACAUUGUCAAAUUCACACGAUUAUUCUGGUUGCUCAUAAAUUUAUCAUAUAUAGUUUCGGUUAAUAACUAUAAUAAGUUGAUGCAUUUUGAUUUUUGAUUUCUA